AUGACCACGAACACGGAAUGGCCGAGACCUCGGUGGCGUAGGCGACGAUCCCUCCGAUCCUUUCGUAGUUUUAGACGCCUGGAGAUGUUGACACUUUUGCUCCUCCGAAUCGUGCUUUUGGAAGCACCAUUGUUGCUUUCGUUGGCACUGCUUUUAACGACACAUGCUUUGGAACUAUACAUCCACCAAGUCGUCGAACCGGACCUCCAAGCCCGACAGUCGAGCAAGCGCUUCCGGGAUGGCUCGACCUGCUUAGAGACAACGGGGUACAGGAACACUAUGCAAACGCCAACUGUGUAUCCAACAACCGCUUCGGGCCCGGCGCUUUGUCCGCAACAACUUCCCGAAUUGAUCUCGCGAUCGAAGGCCGACCUUCUACGGGGCUAUAUUCUCGGCAGCUUAUCGAUGGAUGAAGAUAUCGCUAUCUCACACAGGACAAACGUAGUGGGUGAACAGUCAUGGACCCUUGUUGUAGAUGAGCAUCCAGCGGUUUCGCUAUUUCUUGAGGAACUCUUCAAUAAUCCAUUCUUGGACGCUUUGCUCAAGCAACUACUUGGCGACGACGCUGCCGUCGUCGGAUUUCGCGUCUCCGUAAGCCCGAGCACAAAAUCAUUGGAGCAGGAAUCUGUCCCUAAACUUGCUUGUGAGGAAUCCGGCCGAAUCACAGCUGCCACGUUGACAAUUCCUCUCCACGACUCCAACGUUGUCACCAGCUCAGGCGAGCUCUCCCCCGAGGUGCCCAUUUGGCCGACUAGUAGCGGCCAUUUGUGUAUUCACAGUCAACCAAGCGCGCGUUCUUUGCCGUACAUUGAUUUUGGUGGUAACAAAACUUGA